AUGUCAUUUGUCUCAGUUCAUGUACCACAAAACUUGGUUGCACUUUUUGGAAUGUGUUCACCACACAAUCCACCAGUAACAAAAAUGACAAUAUUAAAUUAUUUUAAGAUACACAUUGAACAAUCUACGGAACAUGAUGAAAAUGAAAACGAAAAUGAAAAUAUAUCACCAAGUAAUAAAGAAGAAAAAUUGGCAUCAUAUAUUUGGACGCAGACAUCUACAGACAUUACUGUCUGUUUCCAAUUACCUGUGGGUACGCUGAAAACCGCGAUCCACUGUAACUUUUCAAAAACACAUCUUUCUCUUACAAUCAAAACCGAAGACGAUGCAUUUGACACCACUAACACCACUAACACCAAUUUAAGGCCUCGGCCACCUUUGCCAUGUUAUGCGUUCUCGCAAUUUUUUGAUAAUAUUGAUCCGGAUGCUUCUUUAUGGACCAUUGAACCAAACAUUGGUUUAUUAACUUUACACAUUGAGAAGGCCAAUCAUAAAACGCGUUGGUCGCAUGUUUUUCAUAACGAUGAUGGAGUAUUUGAAACUCUCGAUCCAAAUGAGUUUGCUGAAUUUCGUGAAAGUUUAGAAAAAUACACAACAGAUUUGCUUGCAAGCUCUUCUAGCAAUGAGACAGUUCGUUUUGAAACCAUCAAACCACUUCAACAUCCUAUUGGUCAUGAAAUGGAAGAAUCUAUUGAUUAUGAAGGACAAGCAGUGACUUUUAUGUGGAUAUCCAAGGAAGGGCUAAUAGGAGCAAAAUCAUCAUCUAGUGGACAAGAAUUUAUAUGUAAACAAUUUGAUAAUGCUAAAGCAAAAAAUUCUAAAACCAAACCUUAUCCUUCUGUGUGUUUAAAAUCUGAUGUUGAUGGCAUUGUUUAUUCAAUUGAACAUUCAGAAAAUAUACAUGUAUCGUCGCCAUUAAUCAUGACACACUUUGCAACAUUCAAUGCCUUCGCAUUUGUUCAGGCAUCCAAACGUGAAAAACGUUUUGUAUUUCACGAUCCUUCCAAUAGAUUUGUAAUGAUUUUUGAAGGAAAUCGUCAUGCAUAUAUCUAUUCACACCAUGAAGGAAAAGAUAAACAUGGUUCACAAUAUAUUGUAGAUUUCAGAGAAAAAUUACAUGGUAGUUUUGAUAUAAUUGGAGUCCAGAUGAUAGAUGAAAAGAAUGCCAUUGUUUUAGUUCUUACUACUGGACAUAUAAUUGUAUUAAAAGUAUUAUAA